GGCGGAUGACACCUCGGAGACAGCCGACCCGUCUGAGGAGGCGGACUCGGAGAAGGUCUCCGUGGACUCCGCGGGGGAGGACAAGGUGCUGGCCGAGGUCGACAAGGCCAUCCAGAUCGACUCGGCGACGGACGCUGCUCAUGGCGACCCUGUGCAGCAGCAGCCUGCCAUGGAACCCCACUCCUCCAUGGUAGGUGACAUCGACGGUGGGAUGGACACAGUAUUUGGUCACAUCGCUGCGGGCGACCUCGCGCUGAUCAUGGCGCCAGACUCGGACUCGGAAGCAGAUGUGGCCCACUCGGCGAUGCUCGACCAGAAGGGCCGCGAGCUCACGCGGGAGGCGGCGUGGGAGGAGUACCUGGUGCUGGACUCCAGGGGCUCGAACCUCCCGCGCCACCUCCGCCCCCGCUUCGAGGAUCUGGAGGCCUUCCUCGGGAUCGACGGGCACUGAACUGCCAGCCUUGCUUUUUCGCCGCUUUGCUGCAGGUUCUGCCAGCGGUAACAGACGGCAUCGGAGCCAACAGGAGCC